AUGGGUGUAUGCGUUUGUACUUGCAAUGGCAAAAUGUCUCAAAAACUUCGGAAUAAACAUAGACUGAUAUCAUUUGCUGAAAAAGACUUAAAAAACCAAAAGAAUAUCAUUUGGAGGAUGAAAGCAGAGAGAGCCCCUGUGUUGAACAUAGAGUCCAGCACAUUGUAUACAAAAAGAGGCUUAAAUCAUCAUGUUAUAACAGUUGAUACCAGUAUGCAGAUAGAUAAAACAGGAUCAAGUGGCAGCUUAACUGUUCAUUAA